UCAUGUGCAGCGUCACGUCAGGGUUUUCCAUCCAUCUCCGCCGAUUUAUUUAAUAAAUCCUUAUAUAAUGCCCACAGAGUUAAAGCACGCAGGCUGAUCGUCCUGAAACCUCCAGAACAACAAAUCCACGCAGACAGUAGCUCACCAGAAACCUGUUCUCUGUGCCCUUUGACCUCUAUGGCGGACCCUGCUGAGACCCCAGUGCGCUCCCCCAUUACCAAGCUCUCCCUCUCUUUACCUUUCCUGAAGGAGGGGAGUCGGCUGUGGGAGGGAGGCGCGGAGCAGCAGCUUCCUCGAGAUCUUCCGAGCCCCCUGCCGACCAGACGUACCCGUACAUAUUCAGCCACAGUGCGUGCUCACUCGAGUCCCGUGUUUAAGGGAGUGUGUAAGAACUUCUCCAGGUCACAAGGUCAUGGCUUCAUCUGCCCCUCCCAUGGUGGAGAAGACAUCUUUGUUCAUAUCUCAGACAUUGAAGGGGAGUACGUCCCAGUUGAAGGUGAUGAAGUCACGUACAAAGUGUGCAGAGUCCCACCCAAGAACUUGAAGGUGCAGGCUGUGGAGGUGAAGCUCACACAUCUCAACCCAGGGACAAAACAUGAAACCUGGUCUGGACAGAUCAUCAGCUCAUAAAGCUGGGCUCCAGGUCUGGUGGACCACACCAGACAAACGGGUCUACUGCAGCAUGGUUGGUUGGUGUUGGUGUAGUUGAUGACAGAUUUACAUUCUGUAUUCAGAUCUAGUUUCUUUGUUUCUUCUCCUGAAAUGUUUGUUUGUAUAUCUGUUGAAGAUUUUU